GGCACACGAUACUAUUUUUCCUAUUGGAAAAUUGCUUACGAGAACCAAUCAAGAUUUAACCUUAAGUCAUUUGGUCAAAACUCUGCAUCCUUAAUUAGAUCUCGGUUUUGGUUACUUUAAUCCUUUUCUAGUUUCAGGAAUUGGACAAAAACUUAACCAGCGGCAUACGAUGCUUUUUUGCUUGCUGGUUUGCUUGCGUGCACCUUUGCUGGCUAGUGAGAGCCAAUCAGAAUUCCACGUGAUAGGUCAGAUGAGUUAAGAUUGUAUCCAGGGGCUCGAUUAUGAAUCUUUUUCUCUGGCGUGAACUCGUAAAAAGUGAAAAAUUUUAUUGAUAAAUAUUUAACUCGUCAAUGAAAUCUUCUCACUUUUUUUUCUCACGUGGAAUUCUGAUUGGCUCUCACUAGCCAGCAAAGGAGCACGCGAGUAAACCAGCGAGCAAAAAAAGUAUCGUGUGCCGCUGGCCUAAGUUUUUAUCUUUGUCCAAUUCCAGAAACUAGAAAAUAAUAAAAAGCAAGCAAAAGCGAGAGCAGAGUUAAUCUGAUUCGGUAGAAUUAAACAGCACGUGAAAAGUGAGAAAAUUUCAUUGACGAGUUUAAUAUUUACCAAUUGUUCACAGUUUUCACGAGUUCACGCUAGAGAAAAAGAUUCACGAGCCUCUGAAUGGGUCUCGUUAACUAGCAAAGGUGCAUGCAAGCAAAAAAGCAAUCGUGCGCCGCUGGCUUUAGUUAAACUCGGAUUAAAGUUAAUCUGCAUUUAUAGAAAUGGGCAUAAUAGAGUCUGAAUCAUCAGCCGAUUCGUACACUUUCGGUCCCGUCGUGCGGAACUCAAUAGGCUUGUUUCCUGUGGCUACACUGGUGCACUAGUGCAAUAAAUUAUAGCGUUUUCCACUGGGAAAAUUGGUGCAGUACCAGAGCUGCGCUAGGUUUCUAUAAAAACUACUAGUGCAAUAAUAGUGCAGGUUCAGUGGAAUAUACACAUAUAUACACCAUAUACACUGUCACGUUACGAUACAUCAUAACGUCGUAUGCUUAAUUAAAAACCAAAAUUGUGACUUUUGCAAUUAAAAUUUAUAUAUUGCAAAAUGGAGACAGAUAAUGCAUUGCUAAUUCAAAUAAAUAAUAAGGUUUUUUCUUUUGAUAUUGAGUGUAUGGGAAAGAAAUGAUGGUGAACUAGCGCAGUAAGCUAGAAUGAGAAAAAAUAUGCUUGUCUUACUCUAAUUUAUUGCACUGGUUCACCAGUGCGGAAACAGAAAACAAACCUAUUGUAUUAAAUCGAUAAGCAUACAUUAUACAAGUGUCAUUAGUGAUAGGAAUUUGACGGUACAUAAUUUACGCGAAUCUAAAGAUGUGAUAAUUAGCCCUCGCUGAGUCAUAUUCAAUAGAAUUUAGUUCUUCCAUUGUCUGUAUUUACAGAGAACCGUCUUAGGCAGUUCUUUCGGGUAUAUUCUCUUUCUCGGGUAGAUUUAAUCGGACCUGACGUUUUAUCGAGGUGAAAUUAUGUGGCACAAUUAGAUGAGGCUUAUCGAAGCUCGACUAAUCGUCGAGUUUGACUGAAACUUUUGGAAUAUCUCAAAUCAAGUUUGACCCCUGGAUCAAAUUGUGCUAAAAAAAAUCGGUUCGAUUCAGAAGCGCUUCGCGGCUUCUUUUCCACGACAGAGCAGUGGUAAAAAUGAGAUUACGUUUAUAGCACCUGACUCAUGUCCCACCUUAAUAAGGAUUGACAAUCCUGAAAUUUGUCAGGGAGGCUUUUCAUUGCGAAAUUGUGUCAGAAUUCAAAGAUCUAAAAAUAUUCAAGAGAAGUUGCCUGUCCCACGGGUAUUCAUUCAUAAAAAGCUAUACAUGUCUAGGCUCUUCAGGUACGGACAGAUAAGUAUCCGUAAAUGGAAGAGAAAUGAGAAAGAAAGAGAGAGAGAGAGAGAGAGGGAGAACAUGUGGAAGUGAAUCAGCUAGCUGAAGCGGAGAUGCAUUGCUGAGACGGCGCGAGGAGCGAAGGGAGACUGCUGUUCGAGUGGUCCGAGUGACGAUCCUCGGUAACAUAACCUGAAAAGUCAACAUGUCUCAGCUGAACAUCAACACGGGCAAGCGAGGGAGAGGGGUCGCGAGUACCUCCGCGUCGACCGUGUCCGCCCUGAGCAGCUCUACCGACCUGGCGAGCCUCUUCGAGUGCCCGGUUUGCUUCGACUACGUGCUUCCACCUAUUCUGCAAUGUCAAAGCGGACACCUCGUUUGCACAAAUUGCAGGCCGAAGCUCUCCUGCUGCCCCACGUGCAGGGGUCCCCUGGGUAAUAUCCGUAACUUGGCCAUGGAGAAGGUGGCGAGUAACGUCAUGUUCCCAUGCAAGUAUUCCACCAGUGGCUGCACGAUUUCGCUGGUGCACACGGAGAAAGCAGAUCACGAAGAUACAUGCGAGUUCCGUCCAUACAGCUGUCCUUGUCCGGGCGCGUCCUGCAAGUGGCAGGGGUCGCUGGAGCAAGUGAUGCCGCAUCUUAUUAUGAGUCACAAAAGUAUAACGACCUUACAAGGCGAAGACAUUGUUUUUUUGGCAACUGACAUUAAUCUCCCCGGAGCCGUGGAUUGGGUCAUGAUGCAAUCUUGCUUCGGUCACCACUUUAUGCUGGUACUCGAGAAACAAGAGAAGUACGAUGGACAUCAACAGUUCUUCGCGAUUGUACAAUUAAUCGGUUCCAGGAAGCAAGCGGAGAAUUUUGCUUACCGACUGGAGCUGAAUGGACACAGAAGACGUCUCACGUGGGAAGCGAUGCCGCGUUCUAUUCACGAGGGUGUGUCGUCUGCGAUUUUAAAUUCUGACUGCCUUGUAUUUGACACCACCAUCGCGCAGCUGUUCGCUGACAAUGGCAACCUAGGAAUUAACGUUACAAUUUCUAUGGCCUGAGGAAAGCCAGAAAAAGCAGUGUAAAAGGAAAGAGGAAACAUCACUUCCCGGACAUAGCGAGCAGUCCUUGGGAUCGUGGGCGCGGUAAGGUACUCGAAUGGUAAUCAAUGGAUUGCCUGGUACGCGCAGAGAACAGUUCUUUUUGUGUUACCAAAUGGAUAUUUAGCAAUACGGAGACACUGGGGAAUGUUGUUUCGAGUAUGUUGACGAUACGCAGCAUUUGGAUGCUCGGCACUGUUGUUAAAAAGUUUUUAAGUGUACUUGGAUGUGAUGACACGUCACGGAUAUGUUAUACAUAAUAACCAUCUUCUCAAUGUAUCCACGCUGUGACUUUGGAGCUUCGAUGCUGAGCACGAUAUCGAAUCCCGAGAAAAAGAAAGUACCUGAUAUCUGCGCUAUUGUCACAUUACUCUUGCUCAUUUCGCAUCGAAAUCGCACUUUCAUUCGUGCCUCUCCGUGGAGAUACAACGCGCUGCAUCUUUUUCGUCCGUGUUUUAACACACUUCCGGACUUCUUUGUAUUUUAUCACCUUUCUAGACUUAGUGCGGUGAAUACGACUAUUACGAGGCAAAUUUCAUUUUAUUUUGUUCUACGAAUCUCUUCGUGCAAUUGCGUCUUUUAUUCUCCGCCUAUAUAUUUUUAUAUUAGUAUUAUUUGAUUUAUAAAAUUUGCUUUCCGUUCUAAAACCGGCCAUACUUUUCUACAUUUUAUUCUACAUUCUGUAUUCUACAUUUUAUUAAAGGUCCUGUAUGUAUGUAUUUUGUAUAUAACGCGAUAAAUAUCCGACUAACAAGGUAAACGCAGCCGCAACUGUUUCGUUCUGCCACAUUACGACUACAUGUACGAGAUCAUGUAUGUGCUUUUUGCGAUUUUUAUAUGCAAACAGCAGUGAAAGGCAGAUCAGUUUUUCACGAUCUAGUCUGAAUGUCGAAGCAAAAUGCUAAUAUUUUUACAACAGUUAUAACAUUAACAUGGGAUGUAUUUCCGAAAUGUUACUGAUACUACUGAGUAUCUGUAUAUGUGAGCUAUAGAGUCUCAGAGCUGUCAAUAAAUUUCGGGGUGCACCCAAGGUGUGGAGCAAUGUUCAAUUGCAGCAAAGUUCCUGUAAGCGAGAUAAAAUGGAAGUUAAAAGUGACUCAAGCAAUGAUAAUUAUUAAAAUAAAUAAAGGAUAUGUUUUGUUUGGUUUGAGUUUCAAAG